UGCGUGCGCCAAACGAUCAAGUGACAAAGUUUUCGGUAUCACGCUCAUUAGCUCUCCUGCAUUUCGAUGGUCGCGCAUUCAUCUUUUGAUCCGUACACACAGAGUAAGGUUCGUUAUCUGUGCCUUGCGACAGAAAAAAAAGUAGUAAAAAAAGUUAAAAUAAAAAUAUCCCCGUUUGGCUGUCUUCUUCAGUCCACGCUCUAAGGAGUUCCAUUUUUUUGUUUUCAAUUUUUCGAUUCAUUAAUCGAUUCUUUUCGAAGCAACGUUCACGAUAUUUCGUCAGAUUUUAGUCGGGCACAGCGAACGACGCUUCGUUCGAAUAAUGUCGUUGUGAGAUUUUUGCUCAAAAUAUUAUUUCAGGUUUUUUGAAUACGCAAUAUAGAAUUACAAUCAUCGGUCUAUUGAUCUGCGAUUAUUGCUGUGCAGCCGCCGGCGUUGCUGUUCACAGUUUCCCACGUCACAACGAAAUAUAAUUCAUCAUCCGAGUAAAACCGUCUUACCGCCAUUUUUCGAUCCACUCGACGAUCAAGCUACCCCCGAACUUCGACGCGAAGGUAGCCGCCGGCAGCUUCGAUAUCGUCGAGUUCACACGAUGCGGUGCAACGAUGUUAUUCCGGCCGCCGCUUCGGUAUCCCUGAAUAACGGAGGGCAAAGUUCGAGCGAUUCGAAGAUAAGGGGAAAACAAACUCGCGGAAGUCCGAUCGGCGCUCGACGUUCACAAUUGCAACGACACUUACAAAUCGGACGUCGCAGAUAUUGAAACGCCUGAUUUCAAUGGCUGAAGGUAAUCGAACGAUCCCGUAACAAUAAAACACGAUGAGAUAUAAGGUCAACGAUCCCGAAAUGAACGUUGGGCAAACAGAAGUAACGAGGCAACCUUCGAGUCAAACGUCAAACGCAUCAUGGAAUUACAACGACGGAGAUUCAACGAAAUCCAGGUCAAAAGAAUCGAUACUGAUUCUGGUUGCAGGGCUAUUAGCCGUCGCCGUUAUCGCACUGGUGGCUACUUUGAUCCUGCAAAUGUUUGUCUUCAACAAAGAAGAAUACAAGGAAAUGUGCCAGAGCGAAGAAUGCGUUAAAACAGCCGCAAGGGUCAUACAAUCGAUGGACAGGACGUACGAGCCUUGCGACGACUUUUACCGAUUCGCCUGCGGCGGUUGGACGAAAAACAACCCCAUUCCGCAAAGCCAAACUUCCUGGGAUCAGCUGAGUCUCUUGAGAGAAGAACUGAUGAGCGAUCUGCGAAUUCUGCUCGAGGAGAAGGACGACGACGCCGAUCUCAGACCGGUCAAAUUGGCCAGGUCGCUGUACAGGACGUGCAUGGACACGGCCAGCGUCGAAAAGCUGGGCCUCGCCCCGAUAAUGGAUGUCAUGUCCCGCUUGGGGUUGUCGAGGGAUCCGCCCCUGGAAAAUGACUCGGAGCCGCUGGACUUGGCGAAACUCUCGGGAGCGGUUCAAAGGGUGCUGGGGUUGAACCUGCUGGUCAGUUUUUACAUAAACGAAGACGUGAGGGACACAACGAGGAACAGGAUGACGAUGGCGCAGGUCUCGCCCGGGUUCAGCGAACGGUAUCUAUUGGAGCCUCUGCGUUUUCACUCGGAGCUGACGGAGUACAGAAAAUACAUUACGUCGAUGAUGGAGCUGAGCGGGGCGGGCAACAAGAGCGCAAUAUUUGCGAACGAGCUGAUAGAAUUCAGCACUGAAAUUGCCAAGAUUCUGACCUCGCCGGAAGAACGGAGGAGCGUCAAUCACCUCUUUCACGAUAUACCCGUCACCGAACUGCAGCGUCACACGGAUCCAGGCGGCUCGCAGUGGAACUGGACGACCUAUUUGGAGGAGGUUUUCAAGGACACUAACGUCACCAUAGACACGAGCGUCGACCGCGUCAUAGUCAUGGACAUGAAGUACCUCCAGAAGUUGCCGCUGUUGCUGGCGAACACGUCUUCCGCGACUUUGGCCAGGUACGCGUGGUGGGGAGUAUUUUCUACGGUGGCACCCCUGACGCUGCAAAAAUUCAGAGAUCUGGGCUUCCAAUUUUCUCAGAAAUUGUUCGGGCUCAAAGAGAAGACUGCGAGGUGGAAAGGAUGCGCCGGAAACGUCAACUCAAACUUCGGGAUGGCGCUAAGUUAUUUAUACGUUCAAAAACACUUCAACGAACAGUCGAGAGAAAAGGCCCUGGAAAUGCUCUCCGACGUCAAAGAAGCGUUCAAUGACAUGGUUUCGGAGCUUGACUGGAUGGACGCAGGGACGAGGGCCAGAGCCCACAGAAAAUUAGCCGCCAUCAGACCUUUCGUCGGGUUUCCGGAAUGGAUAACGAAGCCGGACGAACUGAAUAAAUUUUACGACGGGGCGGAGGUGCUGGACGGGAAACUUUUCGAAACGUUUCUGGGCUUGACCAACAUCGGAGUGCAAAAAAGUCUGAACAGUCUGAGAGAAAAGCCCGAUAAAAACAGAUGGAUCUCGACGGGAACGACCGUCAACGCGUUUUACAGCGCCAUUUUGAAUUCAGUCACUUUUCCGGCUGGUAUUUUACAUCCCCCAUUCUAUGGCAAUGGAAUAGAGUCCAUCAACUAUGGGGCGAUGGGUGCUAUAAUGGGUCACGAAUUGACGCACGGUUUCGACGACCAAGGUCGUAGGUACGACGAAAAUGGAAACCUCAAACAAUGGUGGAGCGACGAAACCCUCAUUCAUUAUCACGAGAAGGUGGAGUGCAUUAUCAAGCAAUACAGUAGUUAUCACGUGCCAGAAUUGGGUCGUAACUUUAUGGUGAACGGUCUGAAUACUCAAGGAGAGAAUAUAGCGGACAAUGGCGGAAUAAGAGAAGCAUAUCGUGCGUAUAAACGAUUGACGAGUCGAAAUCCAGGCCAACAACAAGCUCUGCCCGGUCUCACGGAGUACACCCACGAGCAGCUAUUUUUCAUCGGUUUCUCACAGGUUUGGUGUGGAAAUUACACUACGGGCGCUCUGAAGUCGAAGCUAAUAGAAGGUGUGCAUGCGCCCAAUCACUUUCGUGUGAUAGGGACCCUUUCGAACAACGCAGAAUUUGCAAUGGCGUGGAAUUGUCCUGCUGGGAGCCCGAUGAAUCCGACGCACAAGUGUAUACUUUGGUAACCGUGGUUCGUCGCAAAACUAGCAUUGGGAAAACUACGAUAACUUUACGGUGAUUAAUUUAUCCAGAGUCCUGGCGUACGUGCAUUCCACUUGUAAAUAUUUUGCACAGUUAUAGACUUGAGUUUAUGUUAAAAUUAUUCUUUUGUACAUAAAUACAUAUCGUACGAUGAUAA